AUGACGAAGGGACAUGAAACAUAUACCGCGUCGUUUAAGAACAAUGUUUUACAAGAAUAUCGUCGUGGAAUUCAUGGGUGUGGAUUCAAAUCCUUAGCAAAAGGCUGUAAAAUAAAGGGUGGUCAUACACUGAUCGCGCAGUGGUAUCGCCAAUGGGACGGCACAAUUGGAUCUUUGGAACGAAAAUCAGGAGGUGGUCGGCCGCGCUCAAUGACAAAACAAGAAGUAACGCGUUACAUUUUGAAUUUCGUGAAGAGGAAGAAUAGGCAGUACAAACCGGUUGAUUACAGAACCGUUCAAUCACACAUUGAUACUUCACUGCACCGCAAGGUCCCUUUAAGUACCAUUCAAAGAUACGGUAGAAAAGAAUGUGGCAUCAAAAGUAAACAAACUAAUGAGUUGAUCCCGAGAGAUCUUGAUCCUGGAUAUUGGAUGGAAAUCGCGAAUUUUCGAAGGCUUUUACAGCGCAUUGGAAAUGACAGGUUGAUAUUCUUCGACGAAACAGCUGUUUAUUAUACCAUGUACCCCCGUCGAACCCUUGUCGCUCCGGGACAACAGGCUUUGAUUAUCGUUGACAAACCAUCGGCUUACGCUUCACGUUAUGACCUGACUGGUGCGAUCAAUGGGUCACAACCAAUUGCUUGCAUGGUUCUAACACCAGAUGAUCGGAAGGAAAAAGAUAUCAAAGGCGUCCGAAAACAUAUUGUGAACGAAUGGAUUUUGAAAAAAUUAGCACCGGCAAUCAAUCGACUGGCUAUUGACAAUGUGUAUCUGAUAUGCGAUAAGAGUCGGGCUCAUAACAAACUAGAUAUGAUGCAGGCUUUUAAAGACGCUAAUUGUCCACCAGUGAUUGGGAUUCAUUAUGUGUCAACUGCAUCAUCAAAGUACAUAUCUCCAUUGGAUAAUCCAAUAUGGCAUUCUCUGAAAGAAACUCAUCGCGGCCUUUAUCCAAUCACCGCGAUUGAUGCCACUCUUAGUGAUACAUUUGAGCCGGGCUUGUUGAACUGUGAUUUAUGA